AUGGCAGGAGUGCGCAAUGUCUGCAGCUCACCACGGUCGUCUACGGACGAGGCGGAAGACGCUGCAUCUUCUUCCUUCCUAGAGUUUAUACCAUCUCCUCAAGUAAAAAAUGCACGUGGCAAGCGAAAGUCCAAGGCACAAAAGUCGAUACAGCAGCGGAAAAAGCUCAAGCCAUCGCCUUCCGCAUCGUUCGAGCGGAAAAGUACCAACAACUUAAUACAAGAGGCACCCGAGGACUUUGUCAAGUAUCUGGAUGAACAACUAAGUCCAGUUCAACAAGUGAAGCUGGAGACGGAGUUUUGUAAAGGACAGGGUUACAUCGUAAAAUUGCCGCCGUCCAGCUGGAAAAACAAACGUAAGCGCAAUGAGUGGGCUAAUUGGGUCAGAGCGCUGGGUUUCAAAUCCAGUACUUCAUUGGGUCGCAAUGCUCGAUGCAUUGCUAGCCUUAAAGCGGAUGUGAUUUUAGGUGAAUUAAAGCAGAGAAUGCCAUCGAUUACCGAGAAAGGGGACAAGGAAGAAGAACGACAUGUGGACAUUGGCCUUAUGAGUGAAGACGAUGCGCUUGUCAAUAAAGUUGGCACAGAACACGGUGGAGAUUACUCAACAAAUCCGGCGAUGAUUCGGCUGAAAACGUAUUUCCAAAAGCUGGAAUCGCAAAAAUUGGAGGUCGUGUCAUUUGCAGAAAACCACCGAUUGUUGUCAUCGAUACAGCACACCGCGAUCGCUGACGCGAUGGAAGACAUAUUGGCACGACCUUCGAUUCGUCGAGACCGUCGUCUUGCCAGGCGGUUGUCGAAACGAGGGAGAAUAUCAGGCCGGCGAUUGUCUUCUAUUGCUUUGACACCAUCAUCUUCUUCUUUUCUUCCGCUUGUUGAAGAUGAUUGGGUGUGGAAUCAGGAGGUUGAAAAGAUGUCGUUGACACCGAUUAAGCGUCGCAUUUCGCUUGGCGACAGCAGAGCAGCCGAGAAGAAAAACGUGCAGGGAGAACGUGUACUGUACCUUGUACUUCAGUCUGGUUUGAUAGAUGUGAAGACAUUCAAGGAAGUGCUUCGCCAAGUAUCUACGAUGGCAUACGCUUGGGUUAUCGCGGACUACUCCAAGAAAGCAAACGUCUACUCAACAGCACACAUGUACUUUCGCCACCCGCGUGGCCAUUAUCUCACGAAUGGUGCUUACAAGGAAGUGUACAAAGUGUUUUCGUCCGAGCAAGGCCGACUAGAGGCUAUCAGCGUGAUGGAUAUUAGUGCAAUAGAAGCCACCGGCAACCAGAGUGUUGUUUGUCAAGAAGUGGCUCACUCGGUGCUGCUAUCCGACGCACUUGAGCACGGCAUUUGUCCAAACUUCCUCCGAAUUUACGAUGUUUUCCUCGCACACGAGCGACCGCGCCCUGAUCUCUGGGGUAGCAAAUCGCAUCGGAAGCCGACUGCAUUAUUAACAGAGAUAAACAAUAAUUCUGGCGGUGUAAUUUACCAGGAGAACCCAUCGGUAUUCUCAGGCGACGAAAGUAAACGGUUGUUCCAAUAUAUCCGGAUGGAGUUUUGCGACGGUGGCGAUCUGGAAGAUUUCAUCGGAUUACAGAAGAAUAAGACGCUUCCCCUGGUAUCUGUAGCCGUGCCAUUUUUCUUCCAAAUGGUGUAUAGUCUGUACUGUGCUCGAGAAAAGUUUAAUUUGCGGCACUGUGAUGUAAAGCUUCUCAACUUCUUCCUGAAGGACAUUGGUCGUGCUAACAUCCGCAAGGACCCAGGAUCUGAUGUCGUCCUGCAUUACCUGCUGGAAGAUGUUUGUUUUGUUUGUCAAAUGCCUGCCUCCUUUUCGUACUGGAUAAAAUUGGCUGAUUUUGGCGCAGCCGACUCAAACGCUGAAACUUUGGGAAGCCCCGUCACGAUGGACCAGUUCACUACACUGGAAAACUCACCGGUCGAAUUCUUAUUAGAAGGUGACGCUGCCAAGCAGUCUUACGCAGCAGACACAUUUUGUUUAGGCCUCUGCGUGCUACACUUAUUUACUGGAUGCGCACCAUACGAAGAGAUUUUGGAAGACGUACGUUGCCCCAUAGAACUCCUGAAGGACCUGAAGUUCAUUUGGAUGAGCCCACGAAAGAAUUCGGGGUUUUCUGUGAUUAAGAGCGUGGCGCGCGGUGAUGAUGAGAACACGCUCUGCCACACUCUCUAUCGGUUCAUUGUACUCUUUGGGCUGCCAGAGCAAAAUCCAAGCGAAAGAAAUGAAAUUGAAAAGGUGUGGCAACUGUUGCUGAAACAUUUACGACCGGAUGAUCCAGCGCUUAAGCACCCCCAACGGCGAUCCAGACGAACAAACGGCACGAGUAGCGCUCAAUUACACGCUAUUUCGACGAAGAGUCAAUUUGACCAUGAUCAGUCGUUGUACUCUAUUGCCAGUGGUUCCAACGAUGUAGUUCGUCGAUGCCGCGAAGGCUUGCAGUCGAUUCCGGGGGCAAUGGAGCUACUGAAAAGCUUGGUUGAUUUCGAUCCUGCAAAGCGUCCCACACUCAAGCAAGUGAUGUAUCACCCAAUAUUUUCCAGCUUUCGCUCGCCUUCCAAGGAAAAAGAAGUACCACCAGAUUAUGUUAUAAGUUACUACAGCAGUCGGCAUCGAAGCGGGCGAAUGAUUUUGGACGUAUAA